AAGAGCAAAUUAUGAGACCUAAUCAGUUUGUCAACAAAAAGAUAGAGAAAACUCAAUAGAAAUAACGAAUGAGUCUUCGUUUGAAGCAAAAUAGCCAACAGGCUUGCCGUGCGCUACUGGCAGCUGAUCUAGCCAGUGUGUACAUGAACUUUAUAAGUGCCUUCCCAGAUCUCAAUAUGGCCACUGUCGAGAAUUUUGCUCCGCUCUUCGAGAAAAGUCACCUGGAGUAUCUGUUUUACAGCGGCAACUGUACCUUAGACUGCCCAUACCAUGAGUGGGUUGUUGAAGAAGUGUUGCAACUGAGUGCCGCGUAUUUGUAUUUCCCGGCGGCGGUUGUACACCCGCAUGCGCGUCGUUUUGGACUUUUGCUAGUCUUUUAUUUCUAUUUUACACAGCCCGCAAUCUCUAGUAAAUCUGGCCUCAGCCCAAUCGCAGUGCCUGUGGCAUCGCACAUCAUAAAUGACAUACUGGAUGAAAAAUGCCCUCUUAGUCCGAAUUCGGAGGCCCGUUUGGUUGGUGCAUUAUCUGGUCGUGGUGCUGCUCAUAGCAAUGUGGAAAAACUCAUCGUUCUAGCCAUGCAUAAGCAUCAAGCUUGGAGCUUGAUGUUAUAUGGUAACAAUAGGGUGCACUUACAGGCUCUCAUCCAAGCGCAUGAAAACGCAGGAGCACUUUUAUUAUCGCAGCAACACAAAGCAUCCUCUCCAACGGUGCAAGUUCCCACGUUACCAUCGAGGCUAGCUUCACGACAUCCCUCGUUGCGGCACCAGGCUUCCACAAACCUGGUGGAAUUAAAUUCAUCAAAAAGGAACACGUCGCUUGAAUUACCACAAAUGAAUUCACCAUUGUUCUCGUUGUCCGCGCAUCCUACACCAAAUGAAGCUAAUAGUGUCUUUACAUCAGCACUCUUGGAAGACAUUGAACGCUAUGAAGCGAUGAAGCAAAAUAUGGGUUUAGAUUCUAUAUUUUGAAGAGGGAAGGAGGGGAGGUGAAUCAUGAGGUAAACUUGUGUAGUACCAAUUAGCAAAAGUGAACAACUCAAUUCAAAUAGAUAAGUGGGUCUGUCGCCACAGGCAGCUCGGUAAA